AUGAUGGAGGAGGAGGCUGCCGACAUCCGUGCCAAAGAGCGGGAGAUGGCUUCGAUCAAAGCAAGGAUCUCGUCCCUGAGCGAUGCGAAGAGACAGGCGAGCUCGGCGGAAGAGCAGCUCAGUGAGGUCUUGCAGGAGGUCACUCGACUUCGCGAGCGUCUCGCACAUGUUCAGCACGAUCUCAAAAGCGCAGUGUCCCGCAAGAAGGAUGCCGAGAAAGAUAUCACCGACCUCGAGAUUGGGAUGGUGGCCUUCAAGGAAACACUGCAUUUGCGACAGCUCUCUGUCGCCGAGUUGCGCAGCAACAAAGACGAGACGGAGCGGCAGCUGGCGCAAACCCUGCGGGAACGAGAGCUCUUUAGAGAGAGCGCAACGAAAGCCCAGCAAGGCUUCGACACCGAAGCGAAGUCAGCUUCUGCAGAACUCGACCGUUGGAGAUCUGAGGCCCAUGAGCUGGCCAGCGCCAUCGAAGCCCUAGAUGUGCAGAAAAAGGAGCUGCAAGAGAAGGCGUCCUCAGAGGACUCCGAAAAAGCUUUCGUCGCCAGUCUCCAGAAGGAACUGGACGAGGCGAUGGCAGCAUAUGCAGCCUUUGAGGAGCAGAACCGAAGCGACGACGUCAACCUGGCAGCUGCUGAAGCCCGGCAAAGAGAUACCGAGACACGCUUACGCGAAGCUGAGCAGGCAGCCAACGAUCUUCGAUCCGAGUUGCAGGAGGAAGGGGAGGGUGCCAGGACUGCCACGGAGGCAGUGAAGAGGGAGCUGGCCGUCCAAGUGUCCAAAGUGGCCCAGUUGGAGGGAUCCCUCGGUGAGAAUCGCAACCAGCUGAAGACCAUCCAGCGUCACGUCGACUCCUUGACACAUGAUCUCCUGGACCGGACCGUCAAGAGCGCCGAAGACGAGGAGGCUGUCACUUCCUUAUCCAAGCAACUCCAGCAGGAGCAGCAGGCACUGGAGCGAUUGCAAUCCGAAAAGGAGAAGCUCGAGUCGGCGGCAGCUGAAGAACUGGAGAGGGCUGAGGAGUGCCGACGCAGCAAGCAGGCUCUUGAGGAACAGCAGAUCCAUGUCGAGCUGGUGCAGCGGUCAGACGUGCUGUCGACCACAAAAACUCAGGCCACGACGGAGCUGACGAGUGCCGUGGCAGAGAUUGCGCAACUGCAGCAGGCACAUGCUUUGCCUUUGCUUUGGCAAGGAAUCCUCCUUCCUUUGGCCAUUGCACACAGUGGUUCUGCCAAACCUGCUCAUGUACAUAUUGCAUACGAUGGCAGUGCUUCCAGGGAGCGCCAGGAGUCUCAGCUCCUUCGCAGCAGAGGCUUGAAGCAUGAGGGACCUGAAGAGGGCGAUAAGUCGGAGGCGCAGCAGGCUGGCUGGUACAUUGAGGAUGAGGUGGAAAACACCAUUGCGAAGGCUCAAAGCUUCGAUUUCGACAAGAAGCGCGAGCAGAUGCUCCGCCACAUACACUACACAGCAGCGACCUCCCCCACUGGCAGAGGGCCUGGGGUAGCAAGGGACACCUGGCACAUCUCUUCCCACGGUCCUCCCGUCACUGAUGAGGCUGAGGGCCGGAUCGUGGAAGACCAGCAACGUGCUGAAAAGGCAGGCUUACCGCCAGACUUCAAAAGUGUGCCGCCUGUGGCAGCUGUCAUGAAGAAGCCUCCGGUCUCGGCCACACUUCCGCCUAACUUGCCAAAGGAUUGCUUCAAGGCACGGCACAGCACCGAUAUCGGCGAGGAUGAAACCUGCCCGGAAGCGUGUCCCCUCUUUGCCGAAGAUACGAUGGCCGGGAAGCACUGCGUCUUCAAAUGCGUGUUGGAAACAGACUGUGGAGUCCACACCAGUGCGACCAACCUCGCCCAGUCUGUCCCGGACGCAGAUGUUGGCUUCUGCCGGCGAUGUUCUGUUCCUGGAUGCAGCCGCUGCAACCGGACGGCACACAGUGACGUCUGCGGAGAGUGCUUGUGCGGCUUCGCCUUGGAAGAAGGAGCAUGUGUUUUCCAGCUUCCAAUCGUAGGAACCUUGGUGCAAAGCAUGGUCUACAUUGCACUCUUUAUUCCCGUGGUUUACUUCAUCAUUUGGUACGUGAGCUUGGCCACCCGCAAGAAAGUAAACCUGGACGAAGAGGCACAAGCCUUGCAGUUCCGGACGCAGACGAAGCUAUGCACCGUCGACACCGUCACCGAAGACGCACCCGAGGAACGCCAGCUUUGGCCAUUGAAGACCAACACACUUCAGGUGCCUGUUGCAGGGCCUGGCUCUGUCCUCUUCUUCCGCUACCAGGUGUUCAUCAUGAUCUUGUCCUUGGUGCUGCUGGUCCUCUGGGUCACCUUCCUGGGCUUGACUGGUUCGCAGCUAUCUGCUUUGGGGACCGAAGAUCCAAAGUCUCCGAGAGAGCUGUGCAAUGUCAUUCACCACGGCUUUGAAGCCCAGCAGACGUACAUGUGGGCAAAGUCUUGCUUCGUGUUGGCGGCCUACGUGAUCUCUGUGGUGCUUUGCAUGCUCUUCGCUAUUCAUCAGAGGCGAACCUUCAACAGAUUGAAUGUGUUCGCAACGCAUGCAGACUUCGUUGCUCUCCUGGACGGCCUGCCAGCUAUCAGUGGCUCCGAGGAGCUGGAGGACUUGCUUAAGAAGGAAAUGGAAAAAGCCAGCUCUGAGGAAAUUGUGGGGGUCUCCAUAGGCUGGCAUGUGGGCGAUGACACCGAACGGUACAACGAGCAAAUUUCCAAGAUCCUUGAGGAGGAUGUUCUGGCCUUGGAGAAUCUCAAAGCUGAGCAGGACAAGGCAGGCGAGAAAGAGGCUGACGAGGUUCAGGUUUUUUCCAGGCAGCGGCCAAAGUGGUUAAGGAUCUUCGACAGAGUGAUUCUGACGGGCAUGCUGGGCAUCGACACUAUACCACCACCGCCAGAAGAGCUGGCUGCGACUCAGGCUUCGCCGGCACAAGGGGACGGGACAUCCGAGGCUCAAGGGGCGGAGAAGGAGAAGGAUGCAACGGCCUCCUCUUCCGCCCAAGAGGUCGAGAAAGAGAAGGCUGCUACCGCCGGGAAGGCUUCAGAGACGGAGAAGGCGGACGCCAAGGUUUCGUCAGAGCCCCCUGAGGCUCUCUGCACCAAAUUGCAAAGCUCUCCGACGGCUGUUGUAGUCUUCAGAACAGAGACCGCCCGGGACGCUGCUUUGGAGAAGUGCAAGAGCAUUCCCUUCCGCGAAGCAACACUCACGCUCAAGCCCCUUGUGACAGAGCCCCUGGGCAUCCUCUGGGAGAACAUGAGCAUCCCGAACAAACUGCGACGGGAGCGGCUUUUCGCAAGCAUCAAAAUGAUCGUUCUCGCCGGUGCAGCUUGGGCCGUCUGCAUCUACCUCCCCUAUGCCUUCUAUGCAGCGUCCUUCUCUUACUCAAACGGUGACAAGCCAUCGGCGCUCAUGAACAUGUCCUUGGCGCUCAUCGUGGUGCUGGGGAACCUGAUCAUGUACACGACUUGCGCAGAGGCAGCCAAGCGUAUUGGCCACAUGCUGCGAGACACCGAAGCGGGGGUUUACAUGGUGCUUUACACCUUUGCGAUUCUCUUCAACAUUCUCUUAGAUGCUGCUGUGGGUGGUUACAUCGCAUAUCGAACAGCGGUCGCCAAUCACGCACGAACCUACGGUGGCGUCCUCGUCUCCGACCUCACACGUGCCCAGGCUCUCUUCGAGAGCUUCGAGAUUCAGCGACAGCUCGCCUUUCAAGUCUACAAGUAUUGCUGGCCGUCUACCUUUCUGGUUCCCUUCAUAGGAGAGGCUCUCUUCGCCAAUUGCUUCACGCUUCAUCUGGCACGCCUCGUUGUGAAAACGUUUCCACACAUCAAGGGCUACAAAGCCCAGCAGGCUUUACAAGUCUUUGUGCCCAUGGACUCUGGACGGUAUGCUGACGUGUUAAUCAACAUUGCUGCAGCAAUUCUGAUUUUCUUUCUGCCCGGUGGCUACACUAUAACACUGUUCGUUGGCCUCAUCCUGUCGCACGUAUUCAUCAUCUGCUUCGAUCACUUCCGAGUUCUGCGAUGCGUCCCAUCUUUCUGCUUCAGCAGCUCGGUGGUUGAUGACUACGCCCAGCUACUCCUCAUUCUUCCCUGCUCGCUCAUGCUGGCAGCCUUCGUGCAGAAAGUCAACUGCUCAACCGAGAGCUUCUGCCUGCAGGAUUCCGCCCUUGGCUUGACGCUGAUGCUGAGCUUUGCUGCACAUGGUACCUUGCACUGGUUCCUUGUGCCCAAGUUUGGGGAUGUCAAGGAGCACGUGCCAACGAAGCUCACCUACCAAGAGGUGGCUUCCAAGAUUGCUCCUUCUUGGUUCAACUUGAACCCAGCCUACUGCCUGCGCUCCAAGUACUUCUACAAGCAUGAGAAGCCGUGUACCUUCUUCAUCCAGGGCAGAGAGCAUGUUCUUCGGAAAAGCGAUCAGGCCAUGUCAUUUUUCGAGGAUCAGCGGCCUGCUCAGCAGCAACUCGACGAAGAAGUUGCAGAAGUGGACUUGGCAGCUCACGAUGUUGAGCGUUCGCGGCAAGAGGCCAAGCAGAAGAUUGAAAGGACACAAGCUGCACUUGAGGCUCAGAGCAAGAAAAAGUCUUUGCGCAUGGAGGCCCUGGAGACCAAGAGCCGACACUUGGCCUCUUUGGAGGAGGAGCUGAGUCGAAGGCGGCAGGAGGUGCAGAGUGCAUCUGCAGCCGCUCUGAAGCUUCGUGCUUCUGCUGCCAGGACCGCCAUGGAAAGCGAGAUGAAGGAGGAAGCGCUCCUUCAGCGCUUUGUGCAGCUGAAGUCCGAGCUUGAAGAGCAUCAGGAAGUAUCGAAGCAGCAACAUGAGGAGCAGAAGGCAGUGCUAGAGAAGCUCGCAGAGGCGCAGAAGAAGGCACCCCAGAAGCAGGUCCAGGCUCGGCUGGCUCGGGAAAAGAAAGAUGAGCUGGAGCAGAUGCUUCUGGACCUCCGAUCAUCCUUGGAUGCUGCCAAGUCGACGGCGAAGGGCGAGGCGCGGAAGACACGUCAGGCCGAAGAGCAGAUCGACCGGCAGCGCCAGGAGCUGGAGGCUUUGCUGGCUGAUGCAGCUCAACAGGAAGUGCUGGCGGAGGCACUGAAAAGCACGCUGAGCGAACAAAAGGCCGAGCAUGAAAAGUUCAUGAAGGCGCACCAUAGCCGAGCAUCGACAUCCAAAGAUGCAGAACUAAAGGUGGCAGAACAGGUCAGCGAGCUGCGGGUGCGACGCGCAGAGCUCGCGCUGAAGCAGGAGGCUGUCGCAGCCGCUUGCAGUGUGGAGAAGGAGCGUCUGGCAGAGCUACGCCGGGAGUUCGAAAAGGUGCGUGCUGGGAGCCUUCAGAAAAUCGAGGAUGCCAAGAAAGAGCUGCAACAGGAUGCCAUGGCCAAGGAUCUACAAGCAUUGAAGACCCACGAAGCCGAAGCUGCAUCUUUACUGCAGAAAAUAGAGGGGAUGAAAACCAAGCAGCAGGAGCUUCUGAGGAAGGUUGAAAGUGGCAAGGCAGACCUGCCUGACGCUGACGGCGGUGUUGCCCCCAGCUGGAUGCAAGGCGACAAGCACACCGAGGAUGCCGAAAGCAGGAAGUCGCAGCUUCUCAAGGAGCUCUUGUCGCAGAGAGCAGCUUCUCUUCAAGAGGCCUCGAAGGAAAGCCGCGAGGCUGAGAUGAAGUACGAGGCUUUGCAGAAAGAUCAGAAACAUCUUCAGGAGGAGUAUCGGUCUGUGAUGGAGCAGAUGAAAUCGCAGGUCAGUCAGGGGAAUGAGCUCUACUCCAAGUUGCAAGAAGUCGAGCAGGACGACAUACGGACGCUUGAAGAUGAAUCUGACCUCCUCGCCUUAGGUUUGCACGAGGCAGAGAGUCAGAAGGUCAACCUGGAGAAGGAGAUUGUUUUGGUGCAGCAGCAAGCAAUGGGGCAGUUCAGUGGAGAUUUGCAAGCUUGGGCGAAAGAGGUACAGUCCUUGAGGGUGACCGCCAAAGUGCAGUCGCAUGAGGAUGAGCUGCUGCACUGGAAGCAGACGGCAAGUGAGAGCCCGGCCAUCGCCUCGCAACUUCAAGUUCAGGCGGCAGAGGGGCUCCUCCGGCAGAAAGCAUCUACUCUACAGGAUCAGCUGGCCUCCAAGGAGACGCUGUUGCAAGAACUCGAACAGCAAGCACAGUCAGAGGAAGUUGCUGGCAGCAUCCGUUCGGUGCCCUCCGCUCUGCACGGUUCUCUCACCAUGGGUCCCACGCUGUCUGUGAAAGCCGCGGCGCAGCGGCGCGCCCUGGUCAUAGGCCUCAAGGUAAGGGCUGCAGCGGCCUCGAUCCAAGCCACGCCGGAGGCUGCAACUACACCGGCCGAAAUCUCACGCACGAUCAACAGCCAUGUCCGAGAGGUCCGAUGCUUAGUUGACUAUGCCGAGUCGUCUUCAACGCCUAGCCAUCGACGGCCCACAAGGGACAACAUCAUUGCAGAGCUGCAGUGGCUUACCGGCAACGCCAAACAGGGAGAAUUUAAGCUCCAGACCGGAAAGGACUACGGACCACGCCUUGAAACACCGAUGUUUGAAUUGAUUUCUGAGUGGGGUCAAAUUGGUCUUCACACUCUGCUUGAAGUGUUGACGCAAAGCUUUGAAGGAAGAAUUUUCUUUGCCCCGGGCCUGAUCACCCAAACGGGUGAUGAUUGCGACAAUGUGCUCUUGUACUUCAGCGGGUAUGGCGCGCAGCAGCCGGACGCUGAAGUAGACGGUUUAUACCAGGGCUAUUUGGUUCCUGCGGACUUUGCAGACGAUCUGCCGGAGGACAUCACCAGUGAGGUUGAGCGCUGCUGCAAGACGGGCUCCGAGCUGUCACCGGAGAUGGCUCAAAGAGCAGCCGACGCGGGGGGCUAUCGUCUGGUGCCCAUGUCGCUGAUCACCUCGGCCUUGCACGCGCUGUCAUCGAGCUGCAAGGCCACAGUGAUCUUCGACUGCUGCCAGUCCUCGGUGCUUCCGCUCCUCCGUCCAUCAGAUCACGUGGGUCAGGGUGUGGCUCCCGGUCCCGGGCCUCCUCGCUUCAAGAAGCUCAAGCCGCCGAGCGAGCAGGCGACGGCGCAGGUGAAAGCGGUGCCGCCAGGAAGUGCCAUGGAAGCCACUCAACGUCCUGUAAGUUCUCGAGGUGGGCCUUCCUGCAGGUGCUAUUGCUUUGCGGCCUGUCAGAACGACCAGGCAUGCUGUGAGCUGCCGAUCGAAGGGUUGGUGCAGGGCGUCGCGACCUGGGCCUUUGUGAAGGGCCUGGCUGCCUGCCACCUGAACACGCCUUUGGCCCAGCACAGCAAGGCCAUGGACGGCAUCCUGCAGAAUCUGCGCAGGAAGUACAGGUGGAUCCAGCAAACGCCGGUCAUCCAGCUCUCGGCAUCAGCUAAUGUUCAGGAGCCAUUGCCUUGCACUCCACUGCUUGUUGCACGCAUUCGCUUGUCUGCAGGCAAGAAGAAGAAGGAGAAAGAGGAGUCAAAGGGAAAGCCGACCAAGCCUCCUAUCCACGUGGAUCGGAAGCUGGCCCUCCUUAAGCUGCGAGAUGUCGCUUCCACUGGCUUGCGAGAGGUCCUCUGGAGGGACGAGGAGGUGCAGAAGGUGCUUCUUUGGUCCUUGGAGGACUCCCAGCCAGAGUUGGCGCAGAUUCUCACUUUGGCCGUCUUCGUGCAUCUCACUUCAUCUGCCCGAAAUUGCGAAGCACUCUUGCUUAGCGAAGAGGUGCGAAGCAGGCUCGUCCGAGUGGUUCAGGAGUCUUCCGGCGAAGUCCGCGAGAAGGCCUUGUUGGCACUCACGGGUCUGGCCGUUGCGUCCUUCCAAAAGGAGGAGUUUGAGGACGUCCGGAACCUUUUGGGACAGGCGGCUGGAAGAGGCCGGGGAGCGCCGCAGCGCAUCGAAGUCUUCCGAGCCCUCUGGAGUGCAGCUACCGUCUGUGAAAGCCCCGAGCUGUUCUUUGGCAACACUCGUAUUUGGGGGAGUCUCUGCGAGAGCAUCGAGCCAACGGAGCCAGCCGACGUCCGGGAGAGUGCGUUAGGCGUGCUGGGAGCAUUGACUUGGCAGCCGACAGGUCCGCACUUCGUCUGGCACGAUGCGGCCUCCAGGGAGCAUCUUCUCACUAACACGCUCAGAUCCCAGCCAAGCGCUGUUCGCACCCGAGCGCUGGUAGCUCUCGCAGGCAUUGCUCGAGAGCCUGAGAUGCGAGCUCCCAUCUGGGCGUACGUUUCCGUGGACUUGACCAGGAAGCUCACCGAGGAUGAUGAGGACGAGGAGCCCCAGGCCUUGAGGAGGCGCCGAGCUGGAAGCAAGGCGACGUCCGAGGCCGAGGAGAAAGAGGAGGAGGAAGAGAGGCCUUCCAUGAAAGACAGCCUCCUCGCGGCGGCUUCCAGAACCGAGAUCUGCACCGUCCGGUCAUCGGCCUUAAGGGUCCUGCUGGAAAUCUCCUUUGGGGAAGAGUUCAUGCUCGAGUUGGUCCAGAGCGGUCUUGCAGAUUUAUUGCUGGAGGCUUCCCACGACCAGCGGCUGCAGCCGAAAGAGCGCAAACUCUGCUUGCAUGGCCAAAAUCGCAUUCGCGAGUGGAACGAGGCGCGCCUGGCAGAAGAGCUUCGGAUCGAGAGAGAGAACGAGUCUCGGGAGCGGCUGGCGAUGCGUCUCGAAGAGGAGUACCAG